AUGACGAUUUUUGCCGAUUGUCCCCAUCAAGAGCAUUUGCCACGGGCCACAGAUGGUAAAAGAUUGGAAGUCAUGGUUUACCCAAAUAUUCGUGAUAAGUUGGGCUAUGCCCUGGGCUCUUGGCAUCCUUCAGAUCGAAGUGCUAGAGCAGUUCUCAUACCAUGGAAGGACGUUUUUGAUAUGGGCGAAUUUAUGGCGUUUUUACUUAAAUAUAUAGUACCUAAACUUCAAGCAACGUUGGCUGAGUUGGUAAUUACCAGAACUCAACAAAACUUAGAACUUUGGAAUCAAGUCUGGGAGUGGAAAGAUUUAUUAUCAGUACCAUUAAUGGCACAAUUGUUAGAGAAAUAUUUCUUCCCGAAAUGGCUUCAAAUGUUGACAAUGUGGUUAAAUGAAUCACCAGAUUAUCAUCAAGUAUCCAACUGGUACUCUUAUUGGAAAAGUUUACUUAAUGAGGAUAUGCUAACACAAAUUAAUAUAAAAGAAUAUUUCAGAAAAGCCUUAGAAAUGAUGCAUCGUGCUAUUGGAGGAGGUAUGCCUGAAACAACAUAUAAAGAACGCGCUCCGUCUCCAAAGACUUUACCAGCAUUUAGUGCAGAUAAGAUGGGUAUUGCUUCACUAGGUUUUCGAGAAAUUGUUGCUCAAAGAUGUUCGGAACAUGGUAUUUUAUUCAUGCCUAUGAUGGGAAGGAGAUACGAGGGAAAACAAUUAUAUAAAGUUGGGAACAUAUUUUGUUAUAUAGAUAGAAGUGUACUGAUGGUAUGUUUGGAUGGGGUUACGUAUAAACCCAUGGGUCUGGCAGAAAUGAUGGAACGCGCUGCCUAG